AUGUUCAUUGCCUUGGGUCUUUCCGGUGUCAUACCGUGCCUUCAUUACGCCCUGAUGGAGGGUUUCUGGGAGACUGUGACCUCACCGGCUCUCGGUUGGCUUGUACUGAUGGCUUUCCUCUACAUCUCAGGGGCAGUGAUUUAUGCCAUGCGCAUACCCGAACGUCUCUACCCAGGAAAAUUUGAUAUCUGGGUAAGUGUGAUGAAUAAAAAGUAA